UCGCGUCACAUACGGCAACUCCGCAACAAUUUUCUAUUUGGCCAGAAGACAAUUGCAGAAAGUUUUUCAACCUCGAAAAUAGAAAUUUUCAACAAUAACAAUAAUUUGCCAAUUGCACAUUAAUGGAGUAAUUAAACAUUGAUAUUCUGCACAAUUGGCUAGCGAGCAGCGCUGCAGGGAACGUUUGCGAGCAAUUUCUGCCACAGCAGCCACAACAAGAGCAGCAGCAGCAGCAGCAGCCGCAGCAGCACGAACAACAUUUGCAAAAAUUUUCGGCCAGCUGCAUUUGUCAUCUACAUUUGGCCAGCGUCGAAUUAUUAUGGACAAAAAAUCAUCGCCCGUGCGACGACAAAAGCGCCAAGCGAAAGUAAUUGAGGAGAACUUCUGGGACUGUAGCGUCUGCACGUACAGGAACUCGGCGGAGGCGUUCAAGUGUCGCAUGUGUGACGUGAGAAAAGGCACAUCGACGCGUAAGCCGCGCUUAAACUCUGCGCUAGUCGCUCAGCAAGCGGCCACAUUGCCAGGCGCUAGUGGGAACAUGCCGAAUGGGAAGCCGGCGUCCAGUUCGCGACAUGGCAGCGGACACGACAGGCAGCGACACAAACGCUAUCCAGCCCGCUUGAAGAACGUUGAUCGAUCGACGGCGCAGACCCGUGAGGUGACCGUCAAUUCGGUUACGGUUUUCAUCACAGAAUACAAGGCCAAGCCGGUGAGCAGUCGACGGGAGUCGAGUGAACAGAGCUUCAGUGAGAGCAACGAUAGCCGGAGUUAGGUUUUAAUUACAUAAGCACGCAAUUUGUGUUUUUAUCCCAAUUACGAAACUUUUCUUUAUCUUCAUGUAUGCGAAUCUGUAUAUGUAUAAAGAUAGUCUUUGUCGGUGUGGAGCCACAAUUUCUCGUCCCCUUCCUCAAACACACACAGUCACACACACAAAUCCAAUGUCUAAGUGUACAACAAAACAAAAAAUUGUAAAUUCUAAUAUUAGGCCUAAGUACAAUUGUAAAUCUAUAUAGCCUGUUUCUCUAAGUUAGCAAGUAUUAAGCGAUAUUCAUGUUCUCUGUUAGAAACAGCAGCCGCAGCAUCUAACAAUGAUGUUGAUGAUGAUAUUUAUCCAUGCAUAAGAACUUCCACAUGUAUUCGGCUUUUCAUAGCUGAUGACUGCAUUUAAACGGCUGCAACAAUGUGAAAUCGAGAACCUUGUAUAUAUAGAAAAAGAAAACAAACACACACACACAUAAACAAA